AUGAGACUGAUUAUUGACCCAUCUGUGGCUAUAACGGCAUUGAUUGCGGCCAUUCUGGUGGUUCCAAUGGGUUGCCAAAGGCCUAAAGUGGUGACACUUGGAGUUGUUUUUGCUUUUGCUUUUGACUCCAUUAUCGGAAGAGCUGCAAAAUUAGCUUUUGAGGGCGCUGUGUUCAAGCCAAUGUUGUAUGAGCUUCUCUCUGGAGAAGUCGAUGUGUGGAAGAUUGCUCCUCGUUUCUCGGAUUUGCUUACAAACACAGGAACAGUGCAAGCCAUUAACGUGUCUAAGAGUAUAUUACCAUCAGCCCCUAAUGGGAACAGAGAGGCAGCUAUGAAGGUAUUGUCAUUUCAAUUUGCAUCUUGUUUAGAACGAGUGGAGAUGCUAAAGUGAAGUUUGUGGGUUUAGGUUACGUCAAGAAAAGUCUAGUUACUAUGUGUUAAUUCGAUGGUAUAUGACAUUAGAGUCAAUCACUUAAUC